AUGACAAGUCGUUUUCAAGGUGGUAUGCUCAAUAAAGUUCGAUGGUUGACAAUGAACGAUACACGUCCAUUUGAAAAUAAAUUAUUUAAAAUCAUUUCACAAGAUUUUCCAUUUCUCGAAACAGGACAGUUUACGAUUGGAUCUUAUCACUACUGCCGAGCUGCAGGUGGCCAUGAUUGUGGCUUAUUUGCAGCAAUAUGUACAGCAGCAAAGCUUUUCUUGGACAACAAUAUUGGCACUGUUAUUCCGUGGCGUUGGAUUAUACCACCAUUUGAUAACUGGUGUCUGGGUCAGCCAUUGCUCAAAUGUUGCGUAACAGGUCCCGAUGAGCAAUGCCAUAGCGCGUUUAAUACUGAAGCGCCGAUUAAUUGUGAAGCUGGAGCUGGAGUGGGCUAUCCGCUGCCUGUUUGGACAGCUGGUUUAUGUGUGAGAAGCUGUAAUAAACCAGGCGAUCCAUGUAUGUUAGGUUGUACAUGCAAUUAUUUAGCAACAUGUAGAAUUCCUCGACCACCACAGCAACUGAAAACACUGAGAAUGCCAUUCACUACUCCUGCGUAUCGUCUAGAAACAGAUGAUUGGUUUAUCACCGCUCGUCAAGCUAGUUUUCUACAAGGACUGACAACAUUGAUCGAACGUCAGGCGUAUUUAUCACAAAUUAACAAUCAAGCUGAACUCAUACUUCGUUCAUAUUUGAGUCCAUUUGUAUUGGACCUAUUUAAAGAAGCAUUUCCUAAGGAUUGGCAAUUGUUUGCUGUACCAGUCGGUAAUGAAACAUCAUCAGAUUGGCUUUUGUCGAAUGCACAAAAUCCGGUCAUCGACGGAUGCGAACUUGCUCUACCGACAAAAGCUCAGUUCACAGUUUCAGAUGAGCAUGGCUAUGUAGAAGGUCGACUGACUGUUUUUCUUGCUGCAAGUCAGUGGAUUGUCGUACGUCUCGAUUGGGGAGAUUCGAUUCUUUCCGAUUCAUUAUUCACACAAUAUCAAUCAAGCAUAUUUAGACAUUCGUACAUAUAUCCGGGUAAAUAUAUGAUACAAGUAUCACUGAUGAAUAGUGCAGGAUUAUUCACUCACAUUCGAAAAACAGUGCACGUCAGUAGCGGUUAUACAUCCAAUAUUGUUCAUGUUCCUGCCUGUGUAACAAAGCUUCACUUAACAGUUACUGUUCAAGGUAAAAAUUAUCCGAGCGAUGCGGGGACAUUAAUCAUGGCUAUACAAGGAGCAGCAACUGAUGAUUAUUCGACAAUUGGAGCAGUUAAUCUGACGACGAUAUCAGAAAAUAGCGGAGCAUAUUCAUCAGUAACAUACAAGACAUACACUAUUGAUUUGCCGUGGGCAGCCGUUACACCAUUGCGAAAACUGAAAUUCACUUGUCGUGCUUACGAUAACUAUUUGUACACAAGAGGAACAGUUCUAUUCGAGAACAUUGCAUUAGAAAUAUUCAGUUCGGAAAAUCAGCCAACAAAAGAUAGAGUUAUUAUUACAGCAGAGAAUAUGGAUAUGGCAUAUGUAUUACCAGAACAGCAGCGUGGAAAACGCGAUGAACAAGGUCGAUGGAUAUUGCCGUGCGCUCGACGAGGCGAUGUAUUCGAAGAUGACGAAACAGUGGCAGUAAUAACAAUGAAAAAUUCCAACGUACUCAUAUCAUCACAAGAGCCCGCGCAUGUUCAAAAUGAUGCUGAUGAAGUUCUGUUGGAAUACCGACCAAAUGAGUUCACUUCUGCUGAUCUUCCAACAAUACCAACAACACCUACCAUAUCGGGUGAGAGUGGAGUAGUGCCCUGCGUGAUCGUGAUCAAAAGCCCUCGCGAUCUUCGUGAUCUUUGUGAUUGUAAAGGAACAAAAUUUUCUAAUAAGCACAAACUCCUCUUGCAAAAGACAACAGUUUUAUUAGAAAACUGAAAUUUCAUCAUCAUCACCAAAUUAACAAAACUAAAUUACAGGAUACUUUGCUGAUUCUAUCACACACACCCUCACCCUCAUCUUUAAUAAUCAGCUCGAAUCGAUCGAAAAUCAUACCCGGCUGUUAUUUAAAUAUCUCGAGAUCACAUAGCGCAUUUUGCUAUUCUCACGAAAUGUUUGUAACUGGGGGUGAUAGGUUAUUGUCAUGUUAUGCUAUUUAUAACAAUAACAAAAAUAACAAAAUAACUUUUUAUUUUUCAAAAGCAACAAUUUCAACUUGUAACCUACUGUGAUAACACCAGUUAAGAGCGCUCAUUCUCGUAGGGUCGUUGUCGACCUUCACUAACUCUCAAUCUCAUUAGAUCAGCUUUGCAGAUAUCUGGGACUUCAAUACAGCUAAUCACACUAUUUCUCUCAUCUACUGGGAAGCUUUCUUGAUUCGUUAUAGGGAAAUAGUCCCUAGUAAUUAAUCGUUUAUACACAGAUAAUUUGUACAUGUUUGAGCGUCACUAGAAGUAGAAAAAGCCCGAAAGAUCUCUGGUUUCUACGAUUCCACUAAAGUAUAACUUUUUGAUUGCACAUGAUAUUGUAUACGAGGCACUUCGACGUAAAUCGAAUGAUAAUAUCUACGAGCUGAAACAUCCGAAUGUGUACAAAUUGUUAGGUUAAAGACGAUCGAUUACUAUGUAAUAUUUCCCGACAACAAAUCAGCAAAGUUUCCCAGUAGCUGAGAGAAAUAGUGUGAUUAGCUGUAUUGAAGUCCCAGAUAUCUGCAAAGCUGAUCUAAUGAGAUUGAGAGUUAGUGAAGGUCGACAACGACCCUAUGAGGAUGAGCACUCUUAACUGGUGUUAUCACAGUAGGUUACAAGUUGAAAUUAUCGCUUUUGAAAAAUAAAAAGUUAUUUCGUUAUUUUUGUUAUUGUUACUGUUAUAAAUAACAUAGCAUAAUAAUAGCUUAUCACCCCUAUUUGUAACUAUAAGACGUAGAAAGAAAGUCAUUUUCGCUCUACAUAGAUCAAAAGAAGUGAAAUGGCUCUGUCAAAUAGCCAUCUUAAGAUGCUAAAAAUAUUGAAAACGAACCCUGCGUGCAUUGUUCUCAAACUGUUUAUGAAAAACUGGCUAUCACUGACUAUAAUUUAGUGGAUGGUAUCUAAAACAGAUUGAUGCGAACGAUAUCUUCUUUAGAAUGGUGAAAACUACAGAUCGCUAGCUGUCUUAAGAAUUAAUGCUUGUAUUCUAUUCUGCUCUGAUAUGUUCUGAGUAUAUAUGACACAAUGGUAUGUAUGCGUGACUCUUAAUCGCUUUCCAGGUCGAAGAAUACGGAGUCCAUAUACGCUUGUAAACGACCGUAUACGGUGUCGUAUACGACCGUAUUUUGGCGUAUUACCUGGCUCAGUAUUACGACCGUAUAUCUUUGUGACCGUAUACGGAGCGUUUUCCUCCGUUUACGAUCAUUUUAUGAUCGUAUACGGUUAGAUAUGCACCAGUACAGUCGGACUGGGUACCAGUCGGACUGGGUACCCAGUCAUGACUGGUACCCAGUCCGACUGGUACCCAGUCAUGACUGGUACCCAGUCUGACUGGUACCCAGUCAUGACUGGGUAUCCAGUCAUGACUGGGUCAUCAAUCAUUUGACCUUUAGUUUAUUAAAUGAAUAAUACUUCCGUCUUUUUUGUCGCAUAAUAAAUUGAUAUGAACCUAUUAAAGACCUAAUACGAGCUAUAUCAUAACAUUAAUUUAUUAUUCCCGUGUUACUAUGUGUCAACUGUGGUCUCAUAUGGUAUUAUAAAAUAAUUUGCUAGAUAUUCAUUAAAUUUUUCUGAAAAAUAUAUUCGAUAUAGGUGUUUCAUUAUCUUCUGUUUGCUCAGUAUUCAAUUCCGAGAGAAAGAUUUCUGACUGAUUGUACUAAAAAUCAAAACAAAGUGAUUCAUUUAAUUCAAAUAUUUGAAGGCUGUUUUGGAUCAAACUAACUGUUAGUCUAUUUAUUUUCAGUGCGAAAGGCACUCUUUGGACUUUAUUAAUCUCAAAGGAUAUUUUUAUUUUAUUAAGAAAUCGUAAAACUAAUAUACAGAAUUUGUUAUUUACAUAGAAGAUGAAAUUAUAUUACUUUAGAAAUUUGAAUAAAUAAUCGAAAUGAUUGAAUAUAUAUUAGAUGUUCAAAACGUGGGUCAUCAAUCUUAACGUCUCUCUCGGACAAAAAAAACCCUACCUUUUUCCAUUAGCUCGUUCUCCUCUUUAAUGCAUUGCUAUAUCUUUAUUUUCAUUUACAUAUAUAUAUAUAUAUAUAUCAAUUUUUAAAAAAAUAACAAAUCAACAUGAGCUUUUUUUAUAUAUGAAAAUUUAUUUUUCUUUUCUUAAUUUUUUUGUCUUAGUUUUGAUUUAUUAUUAGUGGAAAAGAGAUAUGAACAAGAAAAAGAAAAAAAGAGGAUAGAAGUAGGAGUUAGGAAUAGAAAGGGGGAAGAAUUAAAUAAAUAAAUAAUUAUUAACGCGAGGCCUUUCGAAUUUAAUCUUUAUCAAGCGAGUGAAUGUGAAAAGUAUGAUUAUGAUAUAACACUGCUUAUAUAUUCGAUCGAAAUAAUCUAUUCAUUAACUUAUUUAAGUAGACCUAAUGGAUUGCAUAGGACCUUAGUAAUUGAUCAUCUAAUCAUCAAUAGAACGUAUGCGUAUUCUAAUGAUUAUCUUCUUCCAAUUUCCAAAAAUUAGAAUAAACAUUUUUUUCAAUCGUAUUAUUCCAUCACACCUAGGGAUGCAACGGUGACGAUCAUUCACCGGUUAACCGACGCCCUCUCACCGGUCCAAACCGAUAACCGUAGGUACGGUUACAGGUCCAACUACGGUAACCGUAGGUACGGUUACCGGUCCAACUACGAUAACCGUAGGUACGGUUACCGGUUCAAACCAUUGCCGAUAAAAACAGCAUUUGAUAAGAAAAUAACGAUAUUUUAUAAAGGUUCACGACAGUAAAUCGAGGUCGGAGAAUCCGAAUCUGAAGUCAGUUUUUGAAAAUUUUGAGUUUUAGUUCCUCACAUAUGAUGUUUUUCAGGAAUAAAGUUUUCUAGAAAAAAAGACGACUUUGAAGAAGCGGUUUAGUCUUGGGAAGAGAAAAUUGAAAAGUUCAAGGAUCUGAUUUCAGAUUCAGAUUCUCCGACCUCGAUUUACUGUCGUCAACCUUUAUAAAAUAUCGUUAUUUUCUUAACAAAUGCUGUUUUUAUCGGCAAUGCUUUGAACCGGUAACCGUACUUACGGUUAUCGUAGUUGGACCGGUAACCGUACCUACGGUUACCGUAGUUGGACCGGUAACUGUACCUACGGUUAUCGUCACCGUUGCAUCCCUAAUCACACCCCUAUACAGAUUGUUUAUUCGUAAAAAACAAUUAUUUCACGCGUCAGAUAUCAUUAACAAUUGUAUCAUUAUCUAGCCGCGCGUUCUUCUUUUUGUUUUCUGAUCAUUGGUUUUGAAUGCAUUACAAUACAUUAUUAUUCAAUGUUAUGAUAUUGUCUAUUACAUUUAACGCAUUAAAAUGCAUUAUUAAUGAAUGAUAUGAUAUUGUUGAUUAUAUUUAAUUCUUUAUUACACUUUAUUAGGGUGAAGUGUGAGUGUAAAUGAAGAGAAGACCUACACCCACAUCCACACUCGUCAAGCUGGCUGUUAUAUUAUACACGAACAGGAUAAAUUGAGUGUGUUUGAAGCAUAAUUUUAAUUUAUAGACCUAGGACAGUCCCCAGUUCUAUGAACUGUAUAUUUUCUAAGAACUGGGUAUAGCGACCAGUUCUUUUUCGAGAACUGGUUAAAGUGGCCAGUUCUUUGACGAGAACUGUGUACACCCGGCAGUUCUUUUUCGAGAACUGGCUAUUGUAACCAGUUCUUUUUCAAAGAACUGGUUGAACAGACCAGUUCCAAUCAAAGAACUGUUUGAACAGUUCUCAAGAGCGGAACUGAUAUGGAACUGUCCUAGGUCUAUUAAUUUACAUUAAUGACUAUACUAAAAUCACAUAGUAUCAGUAGUCAACUCACGACUCUAAAUUCAUGAAGAGUCGAACAGUGCACUUUUUUUGAUAAAAUUUUCAACCUUCGAUGUUUAAAUAUGCGACGGAGAGAAAAACUACCCAUCCUCAGUUAUAUGGACAGAACUAAUUCAUCUGAAAUUAUUUUAUAAUACCGUAUAUGACAAGAGUUGACACAUAGUGACACAAGAAUAAUCAAUUAAUACUAUGAUAUAGCUCGUACUAGGUCUUUAAUAGGUUCAUAUCAGUUUAUUAUAAUGUGACAAACAAGAGGGAAGUAUUAUUCAUCUAAUAAACUAAAGAUCAGAUGAUUGAUGACCCAGUCAUGACUGGGUACCAGUCAUGACCGGCUACCAGUCAGACUGGGUACCAGUCAUGACUGGGUACCAGUCGGACUGGGUACCAGUCAUGACUGGAACUGGUGCAUACCUAUAUACGGUCGUAUGUGAUCGUAUAUCGCCAUCCUAUACCUCACAUCUCAUAUAUUAUACCCCACCAAUACCCAACCUAUACUACACUACGUUAUACCCCUUAUCACUGAAAUCAAAUAUCUCCCCACCCAUAACACUUCUUAACUACCCCCCCCCCCCCCCCCCCCCCCCCCCCCCCUCCCCCACUCCACCCACAAACUAGUCUAUUUAGGACUACUACUACUUACUUUAAUCGAUCUUACAACCCAUAUCUCUUACUCUUUAAAACGAUUGAAAAAUAAUAAUAAACAAAAAAUUCCAUUUGUCUCAAAUGUGCCCAGAACCUAAAUGAACGAUAUUCGAAAGGUCCUGAUAUUCUUCUGCAUCAUUUCGAAGAAGACCAGGACUGUUUCAAUAAUGUAUGGUGGACUCUAAUCGACCUUUUCCAAACGUUCGAAAUAAUAAUAAGACUUCUUUCUAAGUUUUUUUCACAAAAAACCAAAAAUUGUGAUGUUGCAACCAUUAUAACAAUGAAAAUGGUCCUGUAACUCAUCCAAAUCGAUUCGUAUGGGUAAAUCCAUGGGAAACGUACCACGUUUACAUUGACUUUCUCAGAAUUGGCUGAAAUUUUCAGAAUUUGUAGAGCUCAAUGAACUGAUCAUUUUGGUAAUAAAUUAUUAAAGGUUUGGUUCUGGAUUAGGGUCAAAAUAGGCAAAAUACAUUUUUCAAAAAUUCCGGAAAAUCAUGAUUAAAGUGAAAAGUUCUCAUUUUUACGAGAACAUUUUCUCUUUCAUUUCAAGAACAAAUUGGAACAUUCUAUAUAUAUUCUGAUAGCCCAUGCUCAGCUCUAUCGAACCAUAUAUGAUUCAAAAUGUUUCCAUGUUUUAAGGAAAAUUUUUAAUUGAACCACAAAAAGUUCACUGCAACACAAACUUUA